CUCAAGCUAUGAGGAAAAGAUGUACUCCAUGGGGGUUGCUCCCGACUGUGACAGAAGCCAGUGGCUGAAUGAAAAAUUCAUGCUGGGCCUGGACUUUCCCAAUCUGCCCUACUUAAUCGACGGGGCUCACAAGAUCACCCAGAGCAACGCCAUCCUGCGCUACCUUGCCCGCAAGCACAAGAUGUGUGAAAAAGAGGAGAAGAUUCGUGUGGACAUGUUGGAAAACCAGGCUAUGGACACCCGCAUGCAGCUGGCUAUUGUCAGCUACAGUCCGGAUUUUGAGAAACUAAAGCCAGAGUACCUGGAGGGACUCCCUGAAAAGAUCAAGCUCUACUCACAGUUCCUGGGGAAGCGACCUUGGUUUGCAGGGGACAAGAUCACCUUUGUGGAUUUCCUUGUAUAUGAUGUCCUUGACCAGAACCGUAUAUUUGAGCCGAAGUGCCUGGACGCGUUUCCAAACCUGAAGGACUUCAUGUCCCGCUUUGAGGGCUUAAAGAAGAUCUCUGCCUACAUGAAGUCCAGCUGCUUCCUCCCAACGCCUCUGUACACAAAGAUGGCCAUCUGGGGCCACAAGUAGAGCCUGGCAAACCUGACCUGCUGACCUGUGAGUGGUUGUGUCUGCUUUGAGGAGCCCAACGGGUCCCCUUUCCUGUGGAGGUCAACCCCGAGCUGUCCCAGCACUGCAGGAAAGAGCCGUGUUGACUAUGGGCAGGCCCUGCUCCCUCAACAUGUUGCCUGCCCUAGGACUGCCUGAUCCCCAGUAAAGUCUAAACCACUUU